AUGAAAUAAUAGAAAAAAUAUUUUAACAAAAUAGAACAAUUUUUAAACUCUUCACUUUAAUCAGAUUAGGUUCUCCAUAUUGAUCUGAGGAGUGGCAAUAAAAUUGGUGAAUAAGGUGCUUAAGGUUUAGGUUCUGCUUUAGCAAAAUGCCUUAAUCUAUCAAACUUGAUACUUUAACUUAAUGACAAUAAAAUUGGUGCAACAGGUGCAUCAGGUUUAGGUUCUGGUUUAGCAAAUUGCACUAAUCUCUCAAAUUUGUCAAUUUCUCUUAAUGGAAAUUAAAUAGGCCCUAUUGGUGCAUCAGGUUUAGGUUCUGAUUUAGGAAAGUGUAAGAAUCUCUCAAAUUUGACACUUAACCUUUUUGGCUGUUAAAUUGGUGAAAUAGGUGCAUAAGGUGUAGGCUCUGGUUUAGGAAAGUGCACUAAUCUCUCAAAUUUGACACUUAUUCUAGCGUCUAAUUAAAUUGGUGAUGAAGGAAUAUCAGAAUUAGGUUCUGAUUUAGGAAAAUGCACUAAUCUCUCAAAUUUGACACUUUUUCUUAGGUCUAAUUCAUUUGGUCAUUAAGGUGCAUCAGGUUUAGGUUUUGGCUUAGGAAAAUGCACUAAUCUCUAAAAUUUGACACUUGAUCUUUAUGGUAGUAGCAAAAAAAUUGGUGAUGAAGGGGCAUCAGGCUUAGGUUUUGGUUUAGGAGAGUGUAGUAAUCUCUAAAAUUUGAAACUUGAGCUUAGUCAAAAUGAAAUUGGUGAAAUUGGUGCCUCAGGCUUAGGCUCUGGUUUAGGAAAGUGUAUAAAUCUCUCAACUUUGACACUUAAUCUUGAUGGAAAUAAAAUUGGUUCAAAUGGUGCAUCAGGCUUAGGUUCUGGUUUAGGAAAUUGCACUAAUCUAUCAAAUUUGACACUUAAUUUUAAUGGCACUGGCAAUAAAAUUGGUGAUGAAGGAGCAUAAGGCUUAUGUUUUGGUUUAGGAAAGUGCACUAAUCUCUCAACUUUGACACUUCGUUUUUAUUUCAAUGAAAUUGGAGCAAUUGGUUUAUUGAGUUUAGGUUCUGGUUUAGGAAAGUGUACUAAUCUCUCAAAUUUAACACUUGAUCUUCGUGACAGUCAAAUUGAUGAUGAAAGUGCAUCAAGCUUAGGCUCUGGUUUAGGAUAGUGCUCUAAUCUCUCAAACUUGGCAAUUGAUCUCAGUUCCAAUAAAAUUGGUGAAAUUGGUGUUUCAGGAUUAGGUUCUGCUUUAGUAAAGUGUACUAAUCUUUCAAAUUUGAAACUUAACCUUAGUUAAAAUUAAAUUGGCGAUGAAGCUGCAUCGGGCUUAGGUUCUAGUUUAGGAAAUUACACUAAUCUCUCUAAUUUGAUACUUGAUCUUACGUGGAAUUAAAUUGGUGAUGAAGGUGCAUUAAGAUUCGUUGCUGGCCUUAAAAACUGCACUAAUAUCUCAAAUUUGAUACUCGAUAUUGGUUAGAAUAAAAUUGGUGAUAAAGGUGCAUCAAAUUUAGGUUUUGAUUUAAUGAAACUCACUAAUCUCUCAAAUAUGACACUUAAUCUUUAUUAUAAUUAAAUUCAUGGUGAAGGUGCAUCAAGCUUAGGAUCUAGUUUAGGAAAUUGUGCUAAACUCUCAAAUUUGGAACUUAAUCUUAGAUCUAAUUUAAUUUGUGAAGAAGGUGGAUUAAAAUUAAGUUUAGGUUUAAGAAACAGCGUUAAUCUCUCAAAUUUGACACUUCAUAUUUAUGGUAACAAGAUCUAUAAAUAUAAAAAAUUUUUUAUAGAGUGUCUUAAAUCAAAAAAAUUAGUUGUCUUUUAAUUAGAUAUAUAAUUUUGA